ACUGACAACUUUUAGAACUUGCAGCCUGUUUACACUUUAAAGCUUCGAACUGGAGGUUUUAAAAUAAAAUUCGAGCGGUUUUUUAUGUAUUUACGUCUGUUAAAUUAACUCGGUAAUACGAAGCUAAUUUGUAAAUUAGCUUUGUAAAUUUGUAAAUCAUUAUCGUAGAUUUUGACGUAGUUUCUGAUAACUUAGUCAUCCUAAUAUUAAAGGGAGGCUUCGAAUUUGUUCUAACUCAGUUUCUACUACUAAUACAAUUAAUGUUUACAAUAAUAAUAGUCAUAUUUACUAUUUAAAAAAAUGAGUCCAGUAAAAAUAUGAGCCACAUAUUUUAUUAUUGAUCACUAGUUGAUAAUGACAAUACUAAUAAAAAACAAAAUUGAAUUAUUAGAUUUUUCUUAAUUGUUUACAUUGAUUAUAUUCAUAUAUACUGUAUAUCAUUAGCACAUUUUGUACAGUAUUUGUUUACAGUACUACGUAGGUAUGAAGUAACACUAAACAUUAGACUUUGCCACAUGCACUUGACCGAUGUUGGCUCGUACGUUGAGGUAAAAGACCGAAACCUUAACACCAAAAUUGUACAUUUAUUUUUUUUUCUCUUAUUUUUCUUCCCCUCCCCAGACAUUCCUGAACAUGAUGACCGCAUGAAUCCUUCACACAUUAGUCAGCUCUGCAUCCUCCGUCACCACCGCGCUGACAGCUGCCUCUUGCCAGCGUCCAGAUGAAUGCCAAAGGUCGUCUGACGUGGGGACGUGACGACCUUCCAAGAGUCUCGGCCAGAACUUCUCCUGAACUUCCGUAGCUCUGCUGAGCGAAGAUGACAGGACGGAGCUGGAGGCGCUGUGGAGCGCUGCUGUGGAGAGUUGGCCUCUCGCUGGGACAGCGCUGGUGAGGCCAACGCAGCUAUUAGCAUUGAAAUCUGAUUACACCGGGGACCCGGCGCUCACCACUGAUUCUCCAGCCACCGGGGAGGGUUUGGCAGACGAGGUGGUGGCAGCAGGGCGGGGAGUCAAGUGCUUUUUCUUGUUCCUGCAACCUGUUCCUGAGAGCAGCGGCCGCACAGACUCCCCUCCUGGAUCCGAUGAUUACAGGGCAGCUGAGUAAGCCGCUGCUCUCCCUGCGAGGCAACAUGAGCGUGGCAGAACUCCGGGCGGACGACAAGGCGGCCACCCCAGACAGCGAGCUCAACGACGAACCUUUGCUCCUGAACUCCGAUGGAACGGACAGAGAGGGAACUCCCAACAAGCUCUACGGGGGUCGGGACGGUUCGGUCCAGUCUGACGCCAGCAGCAGUCCUUCAGAGCAGAGUCAGCUGGGCCAGUCUCACCCAGGAUACCACAUGGGACCACAGUCUCUCCUGGUGGCGCAGCAGCUGGCCAAUGCAGUAGGUGGCGUAAUGUCUGGAGCAGCGCCCGGCAUGAACCAGCCCAUCCUCAUCCCCUUCAACGCAGGCGGGCACCUGGGCGGGCAGCAGGGCCUGGUCCUCUCGCUGCCCACCACCAACAUCCAGAGUCUGGUGGCGGCCGCCGCUGCAGGGGGCAUCAUGACGCUGCCCCUCCAGAACCUGCAAGCUACCUCGUCGCUCAACUCCCAGCUCCAGCACCUGCAGCAGCUCCAACAGAUGCAGCAGCAUCACCAGCAGCAGCAGCAGCAGCAGCAGCAUCAUCACCAACAGACCCACGUCCACGCCCAGCACCACAUGACCCCGCCAGGCCAGCAGCAGACCUCCGUUCCGUCCCCGGGCUCCGCCUGCUCCUCCGCCUCUGGGCAGCCGCAGCUUUCUCCACCGCACCGACCGAACCAGUCGCCAGCCCGCAGCCUCCCCUCCCCCGUCACCCCGCCCAUGCCUUUGCCGCUGAAUCCUCUGGCCAGUCCGGCGGCGGUGGCAGCCGCGGCCGCCAUGGGUUCGAUCGCUGGGUCUCAGGUGUUUGGGAACGCUCUGUCAAACCUGCAAGGAGCCACUGGGCAGCUGGUCACCAACGCACAAGGACAGAUAAUUGGAACAAUCCCACUGAUGCCCAACUCUGCAGGGCCCUCCAGCCAAUCAGGGGGUGGCAACCCAGCACUGCAGGUACAGCCAAUUACACCUCAGCUUCUGACCAACGCUCAAGGCCAGAUCAUCGCCACGGUGAUCGGGAGUCAGAUCCUGCCUGUCAUCAACACCCAGGGAAUCACACUGUCGCCAAUCAAACCUGGACAGCAGCUGCCCCAGGCUCAGCAGAACCAGAACCAGACCGGCCCAGCGUCCUCUCAGCCCGGUCUGCUCCACAUGCCGCACAGACAGAGUCCACUCCACCAGGCGUCCUCUUCGUCCUCCUCCACCUCCUCCUCGUCCUCGGCUCUCAGCGUGGGGCAGCUGGUCAGCAACCCUCAGACGGCCCCCAGCGAGGUGGACGGGGUCAACCUGGAGGAGAUCCGAGAAUUCGCCAAAGCAUUCAAGAUCCGCCGCCUGUCCCUGGGCCUGACGCAGACUCAGGUGGGGCAGGCUCUGAGCGCCGCCGAGGGGCCGGCGUACAGUCAGUCUGCCAUCUGCAGGUUUGAGAAGUUGGACAUCACCCCUAAAAGCGCCCAGAAGAUUAAGCCCGUUCUGGAGCGCUGGAUGGCCGAGGCUGAGGCCCGCCACCGAUCCGGCAUGCAGAACCUGACUGAGUUUAUCGGCAGCGAGCCUUCCAAAAAGCGCAAGAGGAGGACCUCUUUCACCCCGCAGGCGCUGGAGAUCCUCAACAGCCACUUUGAGAAGAACACGCACCCGUCCGGACAGGAAAUGACGGAAAUAGCCGAGAAACUGAACUACGACAGGGAGGUGGUGCGCGUCUGGUUCUGCAACAAGAGACAAGCCUUGAAAAACACGAUAAAGCGUUUGAAACAGCCCGAAAUGGGCGCCGCGGCAACCAUGGACCCUCUCGCCGACUCCCUGGAGGACCUCCCCAAAUAAACCAGCGCUCUGACCAAAAAAAAAAUAUAAAAGUUCAGUGGAGGAGCGGCGGCCGUUUGGAAGGACGAACUCACGGGAAGCGACGUGAAAGCUGGACGGACGAAAAGAAAAAAACUUUGUGUUGUCGGUGUGAUUUACCACGGUUCUGUACAUGAGGCGAAAAACCAAAAACAAGAAAAAACGAAGAGAUUAACGUGUAAGAAUUAUGUUUAGGAAAAGAAAAAAAAAAUAAUAAUAAUAAUGGUGUGCUGUUUUUAACAGUUUUAGGUUCUGGUCUCCUCAUAGACUAUGUAUAAAAAAUGGGCGUGGCCACACCAAGGGUGAUGAAUUGCAAUCCUGUUUAGAGGGAAAAGGACAAUAACGCAGCAGAGGAAUCCAUCUAGGAACAUUGUUCAUGAAAUUGACAGAUAAAAAUGUUGGAAAAAACAGUCCAAUAGAAUUUCAGAUUUUUUUUUCCUUUUUUCUAAUUAUUGUCAUUCUAAACUAGCUGUUGUUUUUCUAUAGCUAACUUUUAGCUAUAGUUCUAAGCUAAUUUUGUGCUGUAUUUCUUUUCUAAAUUCUAGGGUCCAACUUUUAGCUACUACUGUUUGAACUUUUAUACAUUCGAUAACAUUUAACAUUAAGGCUAAUAUUUGUUAAUAUAUAAGAUCGUAGUCGAUCGACUUUUAGCUUUCUUGUCGAUGAACUACAGAUAUUUUCUUUUUUUUUCCCAACUUUUAGCUGUGAACCAGCAAAUGUAUUUUCUUUCACAUUUUCAAUAAUUUUCGAUUUUUCUUCUUUUUAUACUUUUUUGUCAUUUUUUUUUGUAUUCACUCAUUUCUUUCAUUGUAGUUUCUAGGCUAGCCUUUAGCGAUCCUUCCUACAAUUGUUUCUUCACAUUUUUGUUUCCGUGGCUUCGUCUCCACCUCCCGUUGGCUACGUCCAUUUUUGAUGCACCGUCUCUGGGCUCGUCCAGGGACCGUCGUCCAAAUUCCGGUUCCUACGCCGAGGAGGGGUUUGGUGACGAGAACAUACCAAAUGAAAACACUAUUUACCAAAGUCUGUUGCAUCUGAGUACGGAGAAUAAUUUUUGUAAUGUAAAUGUGCUCUAAAUUUUUACAUUUGUACGGGCAAAUCUGAGCUACUCUGUGUGUGAGGUGGACUUUUAUCUUUGUCUGGUUUAAUUUUCCCUCUGCUGUUUGUAUGUAAAUAUCUAAAACAAGGACAAAAAAAAAAAAGAAAAAACGAAAAAAAAAAAGCGACGAUGACGUGGAACCGCACCAACGACGUUCACUUUUGGAUAUAAAAAAUAAAUAUUAUGGAUUACCUUUGCUGUUCAACGGUGGCGUUAUAACCAGUUGUGUUUCAGUCACGCUGUAACUUUGUACAACUUUUACAGGUAUUUAAGGAUAAACGGAGGUUAAAAAAAAGGAUUGACAAUGAUGAUGAUGAUGAUGAGGAGGAGGAGGAGGAAGGGUUUCAGUGUCUGUCAAGUCUACUGCAGCCUUAUUUUGGAGCUAAGGUGUCAUUCUGUUGCCAAAGCCUGAUAGCCAAAGAACACAUCGAGAUUCAGCUCAUGGACUGGGGACGGUUUCCACUCCUGAUUAUUGAUUUAUUUAUUGAUUUAUUUAUAUUUGUUUGUUUGUUUACAUUGUUUUUUUCCUCUCCCUUUAUUCUAUUUGUUUUGCUACGUGUGUGUCGUGAUUGACAAACAGGUCAAACUGUUGAAAUCUUGUCUUUUUUAUAUUAGACAUCCACCAAAACAAAAAAAAACGGUCCAAACAGUUCAUUUAUAUUCAGUACGGUUCAUGGUCAGGUGUUUUGAACCUUCUUCCAUCUUUGGAAAUCCUCAAAAUGUCAUUACAUGUGCUUGGCAACAUGAAAAAGUACAAUACACACUUCCUGUCAGGUAAAAAGGCUAGUAUCUCAAAGUACGGUAAUACUUCAAAAAUGGCCGCCAUUGCUUCGUUGCAACACUUCCUGUUCAAGAUUUACAAGAAAUAUACAUUUGAUUAGCGCUACUUCUUUUAACAGGUAGCUGUUGUACUAUACAUACUAGAUGAAAGGGUCUUAGAACUUUUUUUCCCUCCAAAGGAUAUGAUAGCAUCUGUCUUAGAACUUUUUGACCUACCCUUUUAUGUCGUGAAAAAAAGUGUUUUGUAAAAAAAAAAAAUUUCAAAUGUUGCCUUGCACUGGUAGUGAUAUUUUGAGCAUUUCUGACUAAGGCCGUUGGUAGUUCAAAUUCGAGCAUCCAUCCAUCCAUUCAUUCAUCCAUCCAUUCAUUCAUUCAUUCAUUCAUU